AUGAACAACGGAUUGGAGCAGAUUCCCAGGGAUGCCUUCGUCCUUCCCGACCAGCAACUCGCGGACGAAUUGGUGGAUGCUUACUUCGCCCAUGUCAACCCCGGCUGCCCGAUAAUCGACGAGGACGUGUUUAUGGCACAAUACAAAGGUCGAGAUCUCUCAGACCCUCCCUCGCUGCUGCUUCUUCAGGCCAUCCUCCUUGUGGGUGCGCAUGUGUCUCGCCCUCGCCCACAACGCGAUUCGCUAAAGACCGCCUUUUUCCGCCGGGCCAAAAUAUUGUUCGAUUCGCGCGUUGAACGGAAUCGGGAUAUUCUUGUCCAGGCAGCCCUUCUUCUCACCUGGUAUUCCGAUCCUGUUGAUGAUGACGUCUCCGCAAACGCUCACUACUGGGUUGGGGUGGCUGCCAGAAUCGCAACGGGCUUGGGAAUGCACCGCAAUGCGAGCUCUAGCAGGAUGGUGUCGAUUGAUAAGCGCAUGUGGCGGCGGGUUUGGUGGAUCUUGGUUCAGUUCGACGUUAUGGUAUCCCUAUUGUAUGGAAGACCUCAGGCUGUCAACUUGGAGGAUUGCGAUGUUCAGCCUCUUACUGCGACGGAUUUCGAAGGUUGUGGGAGCCGCGUUCAAAUUGAUUAUGUGAUACACUAUACCGAGCUUUGCACCAUGAUUUCGUUCAUCGUGAAAGAAAGAUUUGGGUUGCGAAUUCGGUUCGAAUGUCCUCUGCCGACUCCGGUUCGUGGCCGGCUCUCCUCCAUCUGA